CCCAGAGGUGGAUUGAUCCUCCUUGGUCUUGCUACGCUGCAACUGCUCUGCUUGAAGUCUAGCCAACACAUCCUAUCAUCCACCAAGACCUCCCUCACUCGAAAGAGCAGACAACAGUCUCCUCCUCCUGCGGUCACUGCCUACCGCUCCCUCGCACCCCCCUACCGACCUCCCCCAGCUGUGUCCCCUAUAUCCGCUUUGCCAUGGAGACACCUGCUCUCUAACCCGGACUAUCGAGAAAGCCCUCGGGCUGCGCUGCGAACCAAGUGCCGUCACCACAUCAUCAUCAUCAUCCUUCUUCUGCUUCUCCCCACUCACUCGUUCGUUCGUUCAUCUAUCUGUCCGUUCGUUCGUUUGCCGGGAGCGUGCGCAAUCGCCUCUGUACACCGGAAGGAGCCCUCCUCAUCCCCGUGCACUACGCUACUUCGCUCGCAGUAGCAAGUGACAAGGUCACCUUCCUCCGAUCGCCCUCUCCGUCGUCCCUGUCAAGCUCUACCAUGACAUCGUCCUCUCAGUACAUGGCGGGCAGUAGCGGCAGUGGUAGUGGUACGCCACUGAAUAUUCAGACGGAAGAGCUGCAACACGACUACCUCUCGCACCUCUCCCUUGCCUCUGCUCCCUCUUCAUCCUCCUCCCACUUCCCCUCCUCCUUCUUCCCGACAACCCAGCAGCAGCAAGGUGGCUUCAUCGGAGACUCGUCAUCAGGACCCUCCGCUAGUGGUUCUUUGCAGCAAGAUGUCCAGGCUGACAUUCCUACCGAAGGCGGCCCCUCCUCUACUGGAGUAGGGCCCAAGGGUAGAGAAAAAGGAGGCAAAAAGGAGGGAGGGAAAGAGCAUCAUCAGAGGCACAUGUGGUCUGUGGACGAGACCGAGGCGCUCAUUGCCGGAUGUCAAAAGCAUGGCGUCGGCAAUUGGAAGGCCAUCCUCAACGAUGCUGAUCUCCGGCCCCGCUUUAGUACCGAUCGCAACCCGGGUGAUCUGAAGGAUAGGUUUCGGACCAAGUUUCCUCAGGCCUAUGCCGAGCGUGAGUGAUCGU